CCGAGCGAGCCCCGCCGCAACCUGCGAGCUGAUGGAGUUGGACCACAGGACGACCGGCGGCCUCCACGCCUACCCCGGGCCCCGCGGCGGGCCGGCCGCCAAGCCCAACGUGAUCUUGCAGAUCGGUAAGUGCCGCGCGGAGAUGCUGGAGCACGUGCGGAGGACCCACCGGCACCUGCUCGCUGAAGUGUCCAAGCAGGUGGAGCGCGAGCUGAAGGGGCUGCACCGGUCCGUGGGCAAGCUGGAGAGCAACCUGGACGGGUACGUGCCCACCGGCGACUCGCAGCGCUGGAAGAAGUCCAUCAAGGCCUGCCUGAGCCGCUGCCAGGAGACCAUCGCCAACCUGGAGCGCUGGGUCAAGCGGGAGAUGCAUGUGUGGCGGGAGGUCUUCUACCGGCUGGAGCGGUGGGCCGACCGCCUGGAGUCCGGGGGCGGCAAGUACCCGGUGGGCAGCGACCCAGCACGCCACACCGUCUCCGUGGGCGUCGGGGGUCCCGAGAGCUACGGCCAGGAGGCGGACAACUAUGAUUACACUGUCAGCCCCUAUGCCAUCACCUCCCCGCCGGCCGCCGGCCAGCUGCCCGGGCAGGAGGAGGUGGAAGCCCAGCAGUACCCGCCCUGGGAGCCGGGGGAGGACGGGCAGCUGAGCCCCGGCGUGGACACGCAGGUCUUUGAGGACCCGCGGGAGUUCCUCAGCCACCUGGAGGACUACCUGCGCCAGGUGGGCGGCUCCGAGGAGUACUGGCUGUCUCAGAUCCAGAACCACAUGAACGGGCCGGCCAAGAAAUGGUGGGAGUACAAGCAGGGCUCGGUGAAGAACUGGGUGGAGUUCAAGAAGGAGUUUCUGCAGUACAGCGAGGGCACGCUGUCCCGGGAGGCCAUCCAGCGGGAGCUGGACCUGCCGCAGAAGCAGGGCGAGCCGCUGGACCAGUUCCUGUGGCGCAAGCGGGACCUGUACCAGACGCUGUAUGUGGACGCUGAAGAAGAGGAGAUCAUCCAGUACGUGGUGGGCACCCUGCAGCCCAAGCUCAAGCGUUUCCUAAGGCCCCCGCUGCCCAAGACCCUGGAGCAGCUCAUCCAGAAGGGCAUGGAGGUGCAGGACGGCCUGGAGCGGGCGGCCGAGCCCGCCGGCCCCCACCCGCCCACUGAGGAAGAGGCCGAGGCCCUCACACCCGCCCUCACCAACGAGUCCGUAGCCAGCGACCGGACUCAGCCCGAGUAGAGGGUGCCAGGCCCCGCCUGCCCGCCCGUGGCCCUCGCCCACCAGGACUUUGGAGUGGGCCCGCCCCUGCAGGGGAGCCCUUAGUCUCCUCGUGCAGCUGAACACUCACCUCAGCCUCCUAGCCUGACUCCAACAGACACACGUGACCCAGAUGCGGGCAGUGUCCCCCAGACAGCCAAGGGACUCCCCUUCCUCACAGACCCAGCCUUCACCCUCCCUGCGUCUGUCUUCCCCAGUGGUGGACUGGCCUGAGUCAGCAAUCCCUCCCUCCAUGCUCUCAGGCCAUGACAGUUUCCUCAUCCUGCUCAAUGCCUGGGCCCUCUGGGCACUCAGAAACUCAGUGUCCAGAUGGCACGGGCCGGCGUGCACCCAACUCAAGGAACACCCCAGAGCAGAAGCUCGGGGGCCACCAGUGUCCCCGGAGCCUGGGCUUCAGGGAAGCUACUUCUCCUGGCAGUCGCCGUGACCGGCUGGCACCCCUGCUGCCUCCCGGGGCAGCUGGCCAGCCUCGGGCAGUGUGGCUCCCUCCCCCUGGAGGAGAGCCCAAGCUCAAGACACAGCAGCAGCCGCAGCCGCAGUGGCAGCAACAGACCUGGCGACCCAUGCCUCCUGGCCCCUCAGCACCAGUGACUCACGCCAGCCUGGAGAGGGACAGAGCCCCGUGCAAUGACUCACCCAUGGCAGGCGGCAGGUCCCCUGGGGCCCGAGUCCUCCAGCCCGGCUGAGGCAGCAGCCGGCCUCUGGAGCCAGGAGAGUGACGACAGGUCUCCAGGCUCCCGCGGAGCCUUUGCUGCUGUGCCCGGCACUGUCCCUUCUCCUCUCCCCCUACAAGCUGCCUGCACGAGAGGAGAAGCUGAAACCAGAGGAGGGGGCCCAGCAGAGAGCUGGUGGUGAAGAGGGGCC